AUGGUGAUAACACAUGAUAGGAUCAUGGGCCCUACAGGAAGUGGAAAGAGCUCUUUCAUCAACACAAUCACUGGAAGACCAGUCAGAGAGACAGGAGGCGAUCUGGAGUCAACAACAGAAGAUGCUGAAUGCGAACACAUGGUUCUGAACGGCGUUCCCGUGACCUUGAUCGACACUCCUGGCUUCGACGACACAUACUUGACGGAGGCCCAAGUACUGAGAAAAAUAUCGUCAUAUCUGAUCGAAAUGUAUGAAGAGAAUCAAAAGCUGACAGGGGUGUUGUACCUUCGGGACAUUCACGAGAAGAAAAUGAAAGGAUCGGAGAAAAGGAACAUCGAUCUCUUUUUUUCGUUAUGUGGCGAGAAGUACCUGUCCAAUGUUCGACUGGUAACAACAAAAUGGGAUGACGAUUGCGAGGCUGUGGAUGCUGUUGAGGGACGUGAGGCGGAGCUUCGUGAGAAGUUCUGGGCCCACAUGGAGAGACUUGGCUGCAGGUACUCAAAGUAUUUCAAUACGCAGGCUUCUGCAACAGGGAUUGUCGGCCAGAUGUUGAACCUCACUCCAGACUAUCUUCAGAUUCAAGAAGAACUAGGCGAAAUGCAUCUCAGCCUUGGACAGACAGCUGCUGGGCAGAUCAUCGAGCUGGGUCAAAAGCAGAGGCUUUCGGAACUUCGACAGAGAAUGAAAGAAGUCUCGAGGAGAAUGGAACAAAUGAGACAAUCUCACAAUGAAGCACUGCAGCAAGCCCUUGAGGACCAGCGAGCUGACAUUGAAGAUGAGAUGGAAGAAAUGGAUGAGAAAAACAGGAUCUUGGAGCAGAAUUACAAAAGUUUGCUUCAGAAGACCCAGAGCCCCGACACCAGCUUUCUCCUGAAGCAGCUGAUGAAAAGGUGGGAUCAAAAGCUGCCUGCCGAUAUUACCAUUAAGAAAGUGGUUGGAAUAGGUGCACUUGGUGCAGUCGGUGUGGCUGGAUUGGUAGCGGCGACUCUAGAUUGA